ACUGCAGCGUGGAGAGGCGGCUGACCCGUGCGGUCUCCAUGUCGAGCUCGGGGACCCUCGGCACCUACUACGUUCACUCGCUCAUCGGCGGCGAUGCGGCGGACGGGAUGAUGAGCGCCGCCGCCUCCUCCGCCGCGGCCUCAGCGGCGGCGGCGGCCGCGCGGUACCCGGGCGGCGGCGGCGGCGGCGGCGCGCACCACCCGCAGGCGGGCAGACCCGCGGCCCCCGUGCAGCUGAGCGAGCACCCAGACUUCCCCUCGUGCAGCUUCCAGCCCAAGGGCUCCGUGUUCGCCUCCCCCUCCGCCUGGUCGCCCAUCCACACGCAGCAACAGCAGCAGCAGCAGCCCGGCGGGGUCUUUCACCCGCACGCGGCCUACGUGGGACAGCCGCACCUCGCCGACGAGGGCGGACGCUUCGUGCGCUCUUGGCUAGAGCCCGUGGGAUUCUCGGGGUUCUGCGGCGGCGGCGGUGGGGUCAGACCCUACGAUUACAAACUCGAGCCUUUGCAGCAGCAGCAGCAACAACAACAGCUGCUGCAACAACAGCAGCAGCAGCAUCAUCGGCAGGCGGCGAGGAGGAGUGAACGGCCAGACUCUGCUAAGUUCGAUUUGUCGCCCGGCGCGUCGUCUGCUUCGAUGCACGCGGAAUUCCCGAUCGAGGCGCCCGCGGAGCGUCGAGAGAAGCCGUCCGAGGCCCCCGUGUUCCCGUGCACGGACAAGGCGGAGGUGGAGUCUGAGAAGAGCGAUGACAAGGUGCAAAUUGAUCCCAACAACCCCACGGCCAACUGGAUCCACGCGCGACCCUCUCGCAAGAAGCGCUGCCCCUACACCAAGUUCCAGACGCUGGAGCUCGAGAAGGAGUUCCUCUUCAACAUGUACCUGACGCGCGACCGGCGCUACGAGGUGGCCCGUGUGCUCACGCUCACCGAGCGUCAGGUGAAGAUCUGGUUCCAGAACCGGCGCAUGAAGAUGAAGAAGAUGAACAAGGACAGAAGCAAAGAUCCGCGUUGCUGAGGGUGUUCUUCUCCGUGGCAGGCUCACAAAUCCGUCCGUCCGUCAUGUCCACUGCGAGAGACGGGUUUUGUAAUGGACUUUACUCGAGAGAGAGAGAGAGAGAUUUAGAGUAAUACCCCGGUUUGCGUCGGGGAUGAGUUCCCGAAAGGCUGUGACGAUGGCGACGGAUAGAGAGGCUGGACAGACGAUGACAACGCUGUCUGGGACGUUGAGUGCGGGGGAGGGAGGGAGUGGGGGGGGUAUUAUUACUGUGCAUAUUUACAAUUAUAAUAAUUGUCCGAAAUCCCGAAUGCUCACGGGAACGCUACGGGUCUUAAGGCGAGCUUGCUGUUCGCCCAAUGUACAUUAACCGUUGCUGUUCGUGUCACGGUAUGUUUUAUUUACAGUGUGCUCGAUGCUGCACACACACACAUACACAUAUAUAUAUGUGAUGGAUAUUAAAAUAAAAUAAAAACACGACGAAAAUGGCGUUUCGGCUAUUUAAAACUCACAUCAUAUUUGAGUAAGGUGAGAGGGAGAGAGAGAGACGGAUAGCAAAGAAGGGCCCGCCCCUGCGAGAUACGCCCUGGGCCUUCAUCCAGCGGUGGACAGGUCGUGGAUGACGAUGCUACAGUGGGCACGGGUGGCGAAAAUAUUCCACUACCCAACCACCCUCCAGCCGUGUAGCCUGUAACAGACUGUUUGGGGGCAAGUGCUGUUAGCGAGCAC